CAUGACUGUAUUCCACUAUUUUCUUAAGGGAGUAUAUUCGUUUAAGAAAUUCGAAAAAAAGGAAUGGAUCAAUAUGCUCCUGGGAAAACGGAAUGGGAAGAUGCUUUAAUUAAGAAAAAUAUUAUUGAACCAAAAAAGCUUUUUACAGAAAAAGAAAUAACAAAUAUUAUCGAAGAUGUAGCUAAUAAUUACAAUUCCAAUAACGAUUUUCAUGAUGGCCAACAAGGAUCAAGUAGUGAAGAACUAGAUGAAGAUAAUGAUGAAUAUUUUCAAAAAUACAAACAAAAAAAGGCCCAAGAUAUCAUGAUGAAUAAAAAUCAAUUGUUUAGCCAAGUUUUAGAGAUAACCGGGGAAGAUUUUAAAGGUCAAGUUUCCGCUGCCAAUCCAAAUUUAUAUGUUUUAGUGCAUUUAUAUCAAAAUAGUAUUCUACCAUGCCAGUUAAUAAAUCGAUCUAUGGAAGAGCUAUCAAAGCUUCACACCUUCAAUUCACGAUUCAAAUUCGUUAAAAUUAUUAGCACAAGAUGCAUCCCGAAUUUUCCAGACUCAAAUUUGCCUCAAGUUUUGAUCUACAAAAAUGGCAGAAUCUUUAAAAAUAACCUGGAAUCAGUGAAUAAUAAGUCGUUUGAUUUGAUAAGUAUUCGAGCUGAUUUGGAGAAAAUAUUGAGCAGCGAAUCAAAGGAAUCUUCAAAAGUUUCUCAACUUUCCCGACAAAGUGAAAUGGAAACUGCCUUAGCCUUUAAAAAUUUUAGCUAAAUUUAAUAUUUUUUAUAUAUACUUGUACUAAAUUAUUAAAUAAUGCUUUUUUAAAAUAUACGCUUUCUGAAGUGUUAGUUUUUAAUAUAUUUUUUAACUGAAAA